AUGUAAGUUAAAUAAUGUAUGUUUUGCCAAAAAUUAGCCGCUGAUGGAUCUUUUCAGUUAAUUCUCAAAAGAGCAUUGUAUUCUAAAUACUCUUAAUCACAAAACUUUUUUUAUGAAAAGGACAUUAAUGAUAUUUUAGAUGAAAAAUAAGUUAAAUCUACUAUUCGAAACAAAGACAAUACAUAGUUUGGUGAAGAAAAAGAAUACAUGCGUAGGUAAUGAAAAUAAUAAUAUUAUUAAAAAAGAUUUUAUAGAUUUUUUGAAAGUGAUGAUAGAAUUCCUUCAUUAUUAGAAUAUUAUAAAUACCACAUUAAUAUUCCAAGAAACUUUCAUUCUAAAUAAAUAAAUAAAAGAAUGGAAAAAGUAAGGGAAAUAUAAUAUUGUAAAGUUAAAAUAGAAUUAGGAUUAUACGAGGAUAUAAAAUAAUAAACUCCAACUAAAGUUAAAGAUUCUUCUGAUGAUUGCUCUGUUAGUUAACUUAAGUAUUUAUUAAAAGAUCUUAAAUUAUAAUCAACUGAUAUCUCAAGAGUUAGUAAUACUACUGUUCUCAAAGACUUAGUUUAAAUGAUAGGAGAAACAUAGACUAAGCCUAAACCAUUUUAAAUUUUUAAUCAAAAUAAAUAAAUUUAAAAAUAAUUUAAACCAUCUUAAGAUGCUUAAAGAAUUAUCUAUUAAAAUUGUUAAGGAACUCUUAAAAAAACUAUUGAAAUGUAAUUAAAAUAAACAAAAUAAAUCAAUUCUCCUCCUUUAACUUAACGUAUUCCAAAACCUGUUUCAACAUCAAGAUAAUCUUCAGCUCAUAAAUAAUAAUCAUCUAAACUUGAUAUCCCUAUAUAAACUCUCAAAAAACCACCAUAAUUAAAAUCAAGAUAAGCAUCUCUUGGAAAUAUUGAAUUUACUAAAUCUUGCUUAAAUACAGCUAGAAAUACACCAUAAUAAAAUGAAUUACUCAUAGAACUUGCUAAAAAAAUGUUCUCAACUAAAAGAAAUAUUAAUAAUAGUAAUCAAAAGAAAAAAGCUUUUCAUUUAAAUUAACAAUAAAACUUCUUUGUUAAAGGUAGAACUAAUUUAGCUUGUUCUUCUAAAAAUUUUGAAGAUUUAAAAAACUCUAUGAGAAGUUUAAGAUCAAGACAUCUUACACCAAGUUAAAUUUGUGUUUCAAAUCAUGGUAGUCCUAAAAUUAAAAAAAAAUGA